CCCUGAGUCCCCGUGCCGGAGUACGGAGGAAUCUCAACCCCUCAGGUGUAUCUAUCUGUCCAACAACCAUGAAGGCUGUAGCUCUGAUAUUCGCUCUGGCAGUCAUCGCCGGCUGCAAUGCCCGUGUUGUGCGCCAAGCUGAUGCCACCCCACAAAACUGGGAAGAAACUGUGGAUCGUUUCUGGCAGUAUGUCUCUGACCUGAACGAGAAAGCUGAUGGAGUCGUGCAGGACAUCAAGGUCUCCCAGCUCAGCAGGGAGCUAGACACUCUGAUCUCAGACAGCAUGUCAGAGUUGACCGUAUACAGGGAAAGCAUCCAGUCCAAACUUGCUCCCUACACCGAAAGCUCCACCGGCCAGAUGUCUGAAGAUCUGCAGCUGCUGACCAACAAGCUCCAGAAGGACAUGCUGGACGCCAAGGAGCGCAGCACUGAGUACCUGGGCGAGCUGAAGACCAUGAUGGAGCAGAACACCGAUGACGUUCGCGGUCGCAUCAGCACCUACACCCACAAGCUGAAGAAGCGCCUGAACAAGGACACUGAUCAGAUCCGCAACACUGUCGCCGCCUACAUGGGUGAGAUCCAGUCCCGCACCUCCCAGAACCUGGAGACAGUGAAGGAGAAUGUUGAGCCCUACGUCCAGCAGGCCAGCGAGGUCGCAGGCAAGAAGCUGAGCGACAUCUCCACCAUCCUGAAGAGCCAGGCCGAGAUCUUGACCGAGCAGCUUGAGUCCCAGGGCGCAGGCAUCAAGACCCAGCUGGAGAACACCGCCCAGCUGCUGCGCUCCUCCCUGGACAGCAAGAUCGACGAGCUGACCGAGAUGAUCUCCCCCUACGUCGCCCAGAUCCGCGAGCAGAUCGAUAACAUCGCGGUGAAGGUCCAGGAGGCCUCUGCAUAAAGACUUCUUAAUACCCUGGCAAAGAUGGAGGAAGGCGGGGAGUUGAGAGUUACUGUUCAUAUCUUCAUUUUGGGGUGUUUUUGUUCAGGGUGAGGGGGGUGGAAGAGAUGAAGGAAGAUGAGGUUGUCUAUACAGAACAGUCAGCAGAUACACAUCUGUUAGUUAUUCUGCACAGUCAUCCUUUCUUAUCUUAUCAACUCCCUUAACUAUUGAACACCAGCCCCCCAGUCGAUAACUGCCAUUAAUACUCAAACAGUUUUGUUAUAUGCUUCAUUGUUUAACUGCUCUGUCUGUCCUCCCAAGGUUUUGUACAUUUCGUUAACCCCUAUCAUCUCUAAAUACACACCCACGUGUCUUUCAUUUCAAAUAAUGCACUGAGUUAUGAUGAUCAGAAGAUAGUGAACCACUAAAGUGCCCUUCUGUAUUAUCUACAUUUGCUAUUGUGCCUCACAGAGAAGUGGGAUGUAAAAUGAAUUGAUGCUUUUCUGACAAGAGUGUAACGCUCUCCGUUCUUUACUCUGAUGUAGUUCCCACCAUGCUGCUCACUGUAAGUGCACUGUGUGCUGAGAGAAAAUAAAGAACUUGGAAAAUA